GGAGGUUCGGUGGACAGGGAACUUCAGACGGCUGCCUCGCUGCCUCACUACAUGUCAGGCUCUAUAAAUAUGGGAUCUCUCCCCUGUGGAGCACACACUUGACCAAUUGCGCCGCGCAAGAGUCUGAUGGCUCAUUUGAAUUCAGCGAUCCUCUGUGGGUAGAUGAGGUACAGUACAAUAGGUAGUUUUAGUGAAGGAUCUGUGUGUGCGUCUGUGAACGUCUGAGUGAAUGUGCACUUCUAGAAUAGAAAUCCAAAGGAAGAAGAAGAAAAAGGAGAAAAAGAAGAAGAAGAAGGAGAGAGGCGGGAUCGGUGUGUGCCUUGUUGAAAUCCAGGGUGAAGCAGAUAGAUAGUCAGAAGCAGAUCGAUCAGCACUUCGCGCUCCCUUUGUGGAAUAGAUGGAUGUUUGAUCACUGGAUGGGAUGCCCAUAUAUAUCAUCGACCGAAAAUUUCCCGACACAUCUGGUGAGUUGAUACAGUCGGCAGCUGAAGGAGGAGACCUGAGAAUGACAGAGACUAGCCCCCCAAAGUCGGCUAAAAAGCCCCGCUGGACCUCUCUGGAGAUCGGCCUAAUUACCAUCGUGUCCUUGCUCUUCAUCGUCAUUGUCGCCCUCGUCAUCCUAUUUGCCACACAGAAAACUGAUGAAAUCUGCACCACAGCUGACUGCACGCAGUCAGCGUCUCGUCUCAUAGAGAACAUGGAUGCUAGCGUGGACCCUUGUGACAACUUUUACCAGUAUGCCUGUGGAGGCUGGCUGAAAAAGCACAUCAUCCCUGAGACCAGCUCGAGAUACAGCACGUUUGACAUCUUACGAGACGAACUGGAGGUCAUUCUCAAAGGUGUCCUUGAAAAAACAGAGGAGGGGGAAGCCGCCGCACUCACGAAGGCCAAGACCCUUUACAAGUCCUGUACUAAUGAGAGUUUAAUUGAGCUCCGAGGAGGGGCUCCUCUUCUUGAAAUGCUGCCUGAUGUGUUUGAGUGGCCCAUGGCAGUGGACAACUGGGACGCCAACUAUGGUAAAAGGUGGAGGCUAGAGGAUAUUAUCGCCAAGCUGAACGAGAAAUACGGAGCUCAACUCUUGGUUAACUUUUUCGUUGGCACUGAUGACAGGGACUCCAAUUCACACAUCAUUCAUUUUGACCAGCAGACAAACCUUGGCCUCUUGUCCAGAGAUUACUAUGCUUGCACAGGACCUUACGCAGAGGCAUGUCGAGCCUACGAGCAGUUCAUGAUUGACCUGGCUAAGCUGAUCCGCACUGACCGUGGCCUAGACACCAACGAAACCAGCAUCAGGGAGGAGGUCACACGAGUUAUGGACCUGGAGAGAGACAUCGCUAAUGCCACUGAUACUCCAGAGGACCGUAACAAUCCUGUGUUGCUUUACAACAAGAUGGAGCUAGGUGAUUUGAACGCCAACUUCACCCUCGAGGUUGAAUCGCAGGUAUUUGACUUCAGCUACUUCACAGCUAAGAUAAUGGAUACAGUCAACAUCAGCGUUCCCGACUCAGAAAAGGUCAUCAACUACUCCCCCAACUAUUAUCGAAGACUCAGCCUCAUCUUGGCGAGAUACACCAAGAGAGAUCUGCAGAACUACAUGGUGGGCAGAUUUGCUAUGAACAAUGUGAUGAGCCUGAGCAGAGCAUACAGGGAUACCAGGAAAGCUUUCCGCAAGGCUAUGUCCGGUACCACAUCAGAGGCGGCAGUGUGGCGACAGUGUGCACUCUAUGUGAACAACAACUUGGAAAACGCCGUAGGACGUCUGUACGUGCAGGAGGCCUUCUCUGAAAAAAGCAAAGAACUGAUGGAGGAGAUGAUUAAAGACAUUCGUGAAGUGUUCAUUAGCAACCUCAAUGAUCUGACCUGGAUGGAUGCAGAGACCAAGAAAGCAGCAGAGGAGAAGGCACGAGCUAUUCGGGAGAGAAUCGGGUAUUCUGACAACAUCAUGGAUGAUGAAUACCUCAACAAUGAGUACAAAGAUCUGGAAUACAGUGCAGAGGAGUACUUUGAAAACAGCUUGCUGAACCUGGAGUAUAUACAGAAGAAACGCCUGCGGAAACUCAGGGUGAAAGUCAACAAAGAAGAGUGGGUAACUGGAGCUGCUGUUGUCAAUGCCUUCUACUCAUCCAGCAAAAACCAAAUAGUGUUCCCUGCAGGCAUCCUCCAGCCGCCUUUCUUCAGCAAAGGCCAGCCUAAAUCCCUCAACUAUGGUGGCAUCGGCAUGGUAAUCGGUCACGAGAUCACACAUGGCUUUGAUGACAAUGGUCGUAACUACGAUAAAGAUGGUGACCUGAAGAACUGGUGGACACCUGAAUCCACUCAGAGAUUCCUGGAUCUGUCCAAGUGCAUCGUCAAUCAGUACAGCAACUUCUCCUGGGACCUUGCCAAUGGACUCCAUUUAAAUGGUAACGACACCCUCGGGGAGAACAUUGCUGACAACGGAGGGAUACGGCAGGCAUAUCAGGCCUAUAAGAACUAUGUAGAGGAACAUGGAGAGGAACCACCACUGCCUGGCAUCGAUCUAUCCCAUGAUCAGCUCUUCUUCCUAAACUUUGCACAGGUGUGGUGUGGAACACAUCGACCAGAGCAGGCUGUUAAUUCUAUAAAAGUAGAUGUUCACAGUCCAGGGAAAUUCAGGGUACUUGGAUCCCUUCAAAAUUUCCCAGAAUUUGCCAAAACAUUCAGCUGCAACAAGAGCAGUUACAUGGUCCCUGACAACAUCUGCCGUGUGUGGUGAUCCACAGACUUGUGGGAUGGGGUCUGUUAGGGCAUGGAUCAUCCCUGUACGCCUACAGUACCUCCCCUCUCUGACUGUUGGAGCACUUGUGUGUGUGUGUGUGGGGCGGGCGCUGCAUGGAAGUGGAAGCUCCUCUCAGCUCUUAACUGGAUGGACCAGGGCUGGUGGACUGACGCUGCAGUAUGCACUUCCUCUGAGGAGAGCAGUGGACUGCACCCUCGCAGACAGACAGGCAGAGCUCUGUCUCUGCGACUCUGAUACUGUAGGUCUUUCAAUCAGCCAGAUUUUUAUGCUACUCACUGGAUACAAUCACUCCUUGUGUUUUUAUUUUUCUUCUCUUCAUUUUCAACCUGGUUUUAUUAUCAUUUGCUAGUCUGCCAAUGUGUGAGUGUGUUUCAGUCAAAAAGCUGCAUAAGUAGUUGGAAAGAAAAGGGGCAGACAAAUGUGCUGAAACCCACUGGCAUAUGAAUACAUCACACGCCCACUCAUAUUAAACACGUGUAACAGGGCUGAACCACUGUGCUGUAUGUGGGACUGAGCUGAAUACCUCUCAUAAAAACCUCAGCUGGUUUCAGCCUACAUCUACAUGCUGAUUCACUCAACAAUGUACCCUUAAUGUACUCUUUGUUUAUAUAUAGAACUAGACUAGAUAAAUUAUUACAGAAAAUCAGAAUUUAUUUUGUUGCAUAGAGCAGUAAAUACUUAAUCCGUAAUCACAUAUUACACAAUGCUGUUCUAUAUUUAUCUUUAAUGACUUAACUGCAGUUGACAGGCGGCUGGUGUUCAUUAGCAGUCUGUCAUAAUAAACCAAAAUGAAGUUUUUUCGCCUUUAAGAUGACAGCUGGUGGUGAAUCAUUGAGCUGACAAUCGACAGAUACCAGAACCUUUUUUCUACAUUCACUGAGCCUCCCUCCUGUCUGUUUCUGUGUGAAUAUAUGUCUUCCUUUGUUUUGUUUUUUUUCUUCAUUAUAAUUGCUGUCUACUGUUUGUCAAGCAAACUGGUAUGCCUUACAUUAUCUGUUGUGCUACUGUGUGUGUGUGAAGAUACAAAUCUGCCAGAGGAAAAGAAAUGAGAAAAAUGUAACAUCAAUGAAGAGCUUGACAGUAUCGCUCUUAUUUGCUUUCUUGUCAAAAAAAAAAAAGAAGAUAAGGCUUCAAUCAGUGGCCUGUUUGCAUAGCUUAGCAUAAAGACUGUAAACAGCUAGCCUGGCUCUCUCCACAUGUUAAAAUAACUAGCAAUGUAAUAGAGCUCACCAGUGCCUGUCCAUUUUUUUCAACAGCUCUGGUUCCAUCGGUGAAAUUCCAUUCAAAUCCACCACUUAUUUUUCACAAAAUCCUUAUAUCAACAUUUUUGAUCCAGGAACAAAGCAAACCCCUGUGCUUGUGGCUGUAAAACAUUUGCUUCAGCACAAUAAUGGCUUUUGAAAAUGGAGGAAAAAACAAAGACAAGACUGUGGACAUACUUUCUUGCAAGGAUGAAAAAAAUCUAUUAUACAAUCGUACAAUCUAUUUUGAUUCCUUUUGUUCUUUGUUAAUAAUAUUUUUUACAAACUUAAACGCAAAACGGACCAUCUCUCUACAUUUGUCUUUACUGUAGUGUUUAAAUUUUAAAUAAUAAUAAUGCUGUAAUUAGGGAUGUUAGAAUUAAUCACAAUGCUUUUUGUCCUUUUUUGUAUGCUAUAUAUAUAUAUAUAUAUAUAAAUUGAAUAUCACAACUUGUGCACUUGAUACUUUCAGAAAAAAUUGGACUUACAAGGUCAUGAAUACCACAGCUGCUCAUAUAGUCUGUUUAACACUGCCUCAUUUUAAGGUACCAAAAAGUUAAACUAGUAUUAAAUUUUGUAUCAAUUUGGGCCAACCAAUAAUGGUGUCCAAACUGUAACACUGCCCUCAGCCUCUAGUCGAGUCUGUAGUUCAUACUGCUCAACUACCCGGAUGUAAUCAAGCACAUUAGCAUUUUAUAGCCAUUCAGGAGUAUUUUGAUCUAGAAAAGGGAGAUAAAGUUGUAUGAAAGUAGUGUCAGGUUAAACUUGGCACUUGUCUUUGAAUGAGUGCUUUAAACCAGCACUCCAAAAGCUUUAUUUACUGAUCAGUACACCCCAAUUUUCUUUCAAUGCAUAAUUAUGGCCUCAUGAGGGAGAAAGGUAACCUUGCAAAGCAGAUGGAUACGCUCAUUUCCGUGUUUCUCACUGGCAAAUCCAUCUUGCAAAGCUACCAUCUGAACAAUUUGGGCCCAGUAAGAAAGUGACAGGACUAAUCAGGGGUAAGAGGCUGUACUUUUGGGUACAGCAGAGUCGUGACGUAAGCAAGCAGCCACAAGAGGCCGGUGCAGUUAUGGCGGAAUAGAUUAGCGUUACUGGAUGGCGACAGCGCCACAGUGCCAGUGUUAUCAGAACUUGAUGACAUUUCUUCGUUAAAAGAAGAAAAGAACAACAUUGAGUUGUUUUCUUUUCAAAAACGACAAAAAUCAUGCACUGACAUGUCUACAGUUGCCAUGGUUCACGUUGUGCAGU